AAGUACGGUCGACUGCAUAAAUACCAAAGGACGCAGCUUAUUUUUCGUAAUCAGGAACCUAUGAGAAUAACACUGUUUCACUAAUGGGUAGACGGUUCAAUACUAUUCGACUCUUCUCCUCUGCUAUCCUCUGUACGGGAAUUAUUACAAUAAUGCUUGUAUAUAUCUCAAGUUCAAAUCUAAAACUAGCUGCAGACUUCACUUCUAAAUGUUACCAUGUAAAUCAUCAUUUGGCAGCAUUGAUGAGGUGCAAAAAAAACAAGUCAAUGGCAUUCAAUGUCAGAAAUCAAUCGUCGUCAUCAUAUAGAAACUACUGGACGUCUAAACAGUUUAAUGAGUCUGAUAAUUACGAUUUCAACAUUAGUUAUUCAGCAAUCGAGAAAACAUUGUACUCGUUGAGACGUCGUCUUCCACACAAACUUGUCAUUUUGAUUGAAAACCAAACAAUGAAAAAAAAGAAACUAAAAACGAAACAACGAAGGCAACAAAUAAAGAGGAGAAAAAAUCAAGAACAAUCAAGAGAUGACUUUAAAGCACUGUCAAUUACUUUGAUUCAAAAUGCAAAAUGGAAAGAAGUUCCAAAGAUAUUUUCAACAGUUCCGAAAAAACGGUCUUGUGCAGUCAUUGGAAAUUCUGGCAUCCUACUCAAAAGCUCUUGUGGAUCCGAAAUCGAUUCACAUGAGUUUGUAUUGCGUUCAAACAUCGCUCCCAUUUUAGGAUUCGAAAAAGACGUUGGAUACAGACACGACUUUGUUUCAUUAAAUCUUGAACUUUCACGGAUUGCCACCUCUUGUUUAGAAAAUUCAUCGAAUCCAUGUUUUGAAGAAAUGGUGAAUAGGUUUAAAGUUUAUGACCAAUCAAUUAUUUGGCUCUCCAAACUCCGUAAAAACUCGAAGGAAACUUAUCUCGGAGUAUUAUCGCAGCUGCAAAAACACAACAUAAAUCCAAAGAUUGCAUACCCUUUCACGUCGAUUGGAAGCAGUAUCGUAAG